AUGGCGUACAGUGGCAGAGUGGCACAGAGUAGUAACACAAAGGAACAAUACGAAGGAACGACUCAAAGAAUUACGGUAGGUCAGAAUACGAGCCUAAUUGGACUCCUACUUAGAUUAAUAUAUAUAUUAAAAAUUUCAAUAUUAUCUAUCGAUGUACAAAUCAAAAUUGACAAUGGUGAAGUAGUUCAAAGUAGUGACACAAUGGAACGACUUAAAGAAUUAUCGGAGGUCAGCGUUCACCGUGACGGGAUACUUAAGACGAGGACCUUUCGUGUUGCAGAUUUACCCAGGUUUGGCAAACCGCUGAGCAACCUGACAGUCUCGGUGGGUCGCGAAGCCAUUUUCACCUGCACCGUGGAAAAUCUUGGCGUGUACAAGGUGGCGUGGCUACGCGUGGACACACAGACGAUCCUCACGAUCGCCAAUCACGUUAUCACGAAGAAUCAUCGGAUCGUCGUGACACAUAGCGGUCAUCGUAUAUGGUCCCUUCACAUCAAAGACACCAAGGAAACGGACAGAGGAUGGUACAUGUGCCAAGUUAACACCGACCCGAUGUCCAGCAACACUGGAUUCCUCGAAGUAGUCGUACCACCGGAUAUCCUGGACGACUCCACCAGCACGGACAUGGAGGUGAGAGAGGGGAGCAAUGUGACAUUGCGAUGCGCUGCGACCGGUACCCCGAAGCCUACUGUCACGUGGCGCCGCGAAGUUGGAGGUCCGAUCGGCCUGUCCAACUCACACGAAGCAGUCCAAGGCUCGGUGUUGAAACUAACGCGUGUCACGCGUGCCCACAUGGGGCCAUAUCUGUGCAUAGCGUCGAACGGGGUGCCGCCAGCAGUCAGCAAGCGGAUCGUCCUCAACGUUUACUUUCAACCAAUGGUAUGGAUUGAAAACCAGUUAGUUGGCGCUUACGAGGGUCAAACACUCGUUCUGGAAUGUCACAGCGAGGCUUAUCCAACGGCUAUCACUUAUUGGACCAGGCCAACAAACGAAACGAUCACGAAUGAAAACUACAAGGUGGAAGCAGUUCCAAAGGGGUAUGAGAUAAUUAUGAAGCUUACGAUAAAAUCCGUCAGACCGCAGGAUUUUGGAUCGUACCGAUGUAUGGCGAAGAAUUCAUUGGGUGAAACGGACGGAAUAAUAAAAGUGUACAAAAUCGAUAGGUCGCCUUCGAUGCAUAGACCAAGCACGAGGUGGGACAAGAACAGUUGGAGAAUGGAUCACAAUCACGAAAGGAACACGACGGGUAUGAAAGACGAACCGAUGUCGAAGGGUAUCGAGAAUGCUGACGAGAUUGAUUUCCAAACAGCCACAGCCUCGUCGCUCUUUCAUCGCCAUUUAUUUGCAAACAUCGGUAUCACCGCUGUCACCGCCAUUUUGGUACGAGGCCUGUCGACGUAG